CCGAGGCGGUCGUGCUUGGCAUAUUAGUCGCUGGUGCUUGGUGGUACAUUAAAUAGCCAGCAGGCCAGCCCAGUGGGGUGCGUACAACAACAAGGUCUGCCCAACGUGAUUCGUGCCGUGCGUUUGAUCGCUCAUUGAUAAGCUGUGCAGAAGUUAUACGAGGCCUCUGCAAGUACCGUUUGCUUCAAGUUCAACAGUGUUGGAUUGUAGCGAAACGAUCGGCAGGAAGAUCGUCGCUACAAAAGUUGAAGUGUGUUUCGUGCCAUUAUCGGACUAGCGAGAUAGUAGUUAGUGCCGAUAGGAGUGAGAUUUUGGAGGAAGUGACGGGCGUGUCGAAAAUUUCAACGCACCAUCGACGAGUCGCAAACAACACUCUUCAAUGACCACAACAAUGCAAACGGUUAUCAAGAAUCCCAGCUGGUGGCGUCGCCGCACCGCCCUGGAGAAGGUUCUUACGCUUAUCAGUGUCGUCUGCGGGGUAGCCGUAGUGGCGUUGAUCAUUUCGCUGCUGACGGUGGUUUUGUCCGACAGAAUACAGAGUGAAACCAGCCCAUCGUCUGCUCAACCACUAACCGGCGGAAGGAGAGGCAAAGCAUUGGCACAGCAUCCGAACGCUUACAAUGGCGUGGGAGAUAAGAACACCGACAACGUUUGUCUCACACCCGGCUGCAUUCAUUCUGCAUCGAAGGCACUGGAGCAAAUGGACCCGGAGGUGGAACCGUGCGACGAUUUCUACAACUAUGCGUGCGGAAAAUUCGUGAAAGAAACCGUUAUCCCGGACGAGAAGGUCUCGGUUAACACAUUCUCGGUGAUCGGUGAUCGGUUGCAGCAACAGCUACGGGCCCUGGUCAGCGACGAAAUCAGCGAGUCGGAAGCGACCCCAUUUAAACUGGCCAAGAACCUGUACAAGCUCUGCAUGAACAAAACUCGGAUCGAGGAGAAGGGUAUUAAACCCCUACUGGACAUUCUGGAUAGUCUGGGUGGAUGGCCCGUUCUGAAAGGCCAAGACUGGGAUCUGGACUCAUCUUGGUCUUGGGUGAAGUCGGUAAAAGAUUUCCGCAACAACGGAUACAGUACGGACUACUUCUUCGACUUUUCCAUCGGCAGUGAUUUGAAAAACUCUACUCGCCGCAUCAUCGAUACCGAUCAAGCGUCACUGGGUAUCAGUCGAGAGUAUCUAGUGAAAGGGAUGGAAAAUCCAAUUGUUUCUGCUUACUACAACUACAUGGUGGAUAUGGCCGUCCUGCUUGGAGCGGACGAGGAGCGAGCAAAGCGGGAGUUGAUGGAUUCGCUGAAUUUCGAAAUGGCCCUGGCGAACAUUUCACUGCCAAACGAGAAAAGACGUAACGCAACCGCCCUGUACAAUCCAAUGACCGUUAAGGAGUUCCAACAACGCUACCCCUACACCGACUGGCUGGAGUAUUUCAACGCCAUCCUGAAGGAUACCGGCAUCGCGAUCGAUGAAAACGAAGUGAUCAUCGUGAGUGUACCGAGCUUCAUGAAGGAGCUGGGCCCACUGCUACAGAACACGCCCAAGCGAGUGAUGGCGAAUUAUGUGAUGUGGCGCAUCAGUGGAUUUUCCUCGUUUUUCCUCACGGAAAAACUUCGCAAACGUCAACUCCAGUACAGUACGGCUUUGAGUGGCAAACAGGAACAGGAGCCACGGUGGAAGGAGUGCGUCGAAAUCACGUCCGGCAGUUUGCCCAUAUCGGUCGGUGCGCUCUACAUCCGCAAAUACUUCCGCGAGGAAUCGAAACGAGCGGCACUGGACAUGGUGAACGAUAUCAAGGGCGUGUUUGUGGACAUUUUAAAGAAGGUCGAAUGGAUGGACGAGAUUACGCGUGAAUCAGCGCUGGAGAAGGUUUCAACCAUGGCUACCCAUAUCGGAUACCCGGACGAGCUUAUGAACGACACCAAGAUCGCCGAGUACUACAAGGAUCUUGAGUUCCAGCCAGAAAGCAACUACCUGAAUACAAUUCUCUACAUGAACCAAUUCGGUACGACGAAAGCGUUCAAGAAGCUGCGCCAGCCGGUUAACAAAACCGAUUGGAUCACUCACUCCAGGCCUGCCAUCGUAAACGCCUUCUACUCGUCCAUUGAGAACAGUAUUCAAUUCCCAGCGGGUAUCUUGCAGGGUCAGUUUUUCUCCUAUGACCGGCCCAAGUAUAUGAAUUAUGGUGCUAUUGGGUUCGUCAUUGGACACGAGAUCACGCAUGGCUUUGACGAUCAGGGCCGACAGUUCGACAAGAACGGGAAUCUAGUCGAUUGGUGGCAAGCCGACACGAAGAAGGCGUACCUGGAGAAAGCACGCUGCAUAAUCGAACAGUACGGCAAUUACACCGAACCGAAUGUGAAGCUCAAUCUCAACGGUAUUAACACGCAGGGUGAAAACAUUGCCGAUAACGGUGGCAUCAAGGAGGCGUAUUACGCUUACCGCAAGUGGGCCGAAAAGAAUGGUCCCGAACAGCGACUACCUGGACUUAACCUGAGUCCAGAACAACUUUUCUGGCUAUCAGCUGCUCAAACAUGGUGUUCAGUAUAUCGGCCGGAAACAAUGAAGAUGCGUAUCACCACGGGUGUGCAUUCACCAGGACAGUUCCGUGUACUCGGUCCUAUGAGCAAUAUGCACGAAUUCGCCAAGGACUUCAACUGCCCCGCCGCUUCACCCAUGAACCCCGACCAUAAAUGUGAAGUGUGGUAGAGUAUGUCCCCGAUGGACAGAAACCGCCGCAGUAAUCAACCCAGACGCACUAGCCGUGAUUGAUAGAGACGGCAUAACAGAGAGGAGGAAGUGAACUUAAUUUAUUGCCUCAACCUCUUUUUCAACAAUUUACAUGGCAAGUUUCUUCAAAAUACAUCCCAAUUGUUCCGGGGUGGUAGACUUUUGAAAGAAAGGCCAUUAAUGGUACGCAACAACGGUAAUGCUAACCAAUCGCGAGUACUCCCAUAAGUGGUAAUUUUUGGACAAGGUGGAACUCUACGACUGAUUGGAAUUGAAAUGGAUCACAGUUGGAGUCACGUGGAAGCAAUGGUGUUAAAUUUGUUUCAUUGCCAGAUUGAUGCAGAAUAGAGGAAAAUAAACAACUUAAUGUUUGUAAUACUUAAUGAAUGAAUGUGGUUGAUUUGUGCGAAGAUCGUUUUUUAUUGUAAACGCCAUGGCCACACUCAGACGUGCAAAUUUAGCUACG